GAUGUCUAUAUAUACUGUCGAUGUUUAACUGAAUUUGAAGUACAUGUAACAAUUCUGAUUCGCUUCAAAGGAAAUCGUGGCUAAAUAAAAAUACCUUCACCAGAUUCAGUACAUUUGAUUGAACCAGUUCACAGAUAUGAAUGUAACAAAUUCGUGUUGACUACGGAUCCUUCGUAUUUAGAACAGGAAAUGCAUGCUUACUUUGAACGGGCUUAGAAUUAGAAUGUUAACCUGUAGAGUUUCUUUUACUUAAGAGGGAAAAUAUCGAAAGCAAAAUGAAUUAAUUAAGAACUAUUUGUUAAAUAUACCUAAAAUAUCCUAUAUAAACGAGAAACUGACCAUAGAUGGUUUAUUACACUAUUUUGACCGCUAUACCGAUGUAAGAGACGUAACUAAUGAUUUAACAUAAGUGAUUUAGCCUAAGACUGCAGACGCUUUUCUCGGAAAUUCAUGCAUGUGUGAGCGGAGAUUUGUUACCAGCAUCCAGUAAGUGUUAUUCCACAGCAAUGAGCGAUGAUCGCACCGAACUAAGGUGAGUUAUUAGCGGGGUUGCUGGGGGAUGUGGGGUCCUCAUUGACGUCACAUUGGAGCAAAGAGCGCCGUAUCUGCGGUGAGUCUGCACGUACCGAGUCUCAGCACCAAAUACACCGGGAACAAGAUCCAAAACAACACAUCACCUUGCCAAUCACUGCUUUCCGCUCUAGAGACAUAUUGCGACUUUAUUUCCACUUUUGGCACCGGAGUUGGAUUGGGAAUGCAGUCUAAUCGCAUGGAUAGUAAUCGGUCUGUGCCGUUCAUUAGAAGAUGAACAGCUCUAGACCCGAAGUAGAAGAUAAAAGUGGAACUCCAUGUCCUGCAAGGCAUCGUGGUGAGCAGGUGAGCCCCCUCAUCCCCCUUCCCUGGUUUCUGCAGCUGGAUUAAGGGAUGUCACAGGUGCUCCUCCUCCUGACAGCGCUCUCGCUCUCCGCCAGCAUCCAGAUGUCCUACGGUAAAAUCAUGAAGACUCUACUGGAGCAAUGGAAAAUGUACAAAGAGGAAUGCCUACGUAACAUCACCAGCGAGCCACUGGCCUCUGGCGUGGUCUGCAACCGCACCUUCGACAGGUACGCCUGCUGGCCGGACGCACAGCCCAACAGCACCAUCAGCGUCUCCUGUCCUUGGUACCUGCCAUGGCAUCACAAAGUCCAGCACGGGUUCGUGUACCGGGAUUGUGACUCAGAAGGCCGGUGGAUCUCCAUGAAAAAUGCCAGCGAGUGCCAGUUGGACGACUCAGAGCAGCUGUACGGCAAGACCCUCAGCCGCUUCCUGGCCAUGUACACUGUCGGCUACUCGCUGUCACUUGGGGCUCUGGUUCUGGCCCUCAGCAUCCUGGUGACAUUCCGGAAGCUCCACUGUACGCGAAACAACAUCCACAUGAACCUGUUCGCCUCCUUCAUCCUCAAGGGCGUCUUGAUCCUCCUGAAGGACGUGCUGAUCGACACAGCCACCCCACACGUCAUCCCCGAUGACAUCCACUCCGACUCCCAGGUGGAGCGGCUGGUCGGGGGCAAGAUGGCCGUGGUCUGCCGGGUCGCCUUCGUGAUGAUGCAUUAUAGCAUCAUCGCGAACAACUACUGGCUCCUAGUGGAAGGAAUUUACCUCUACAACCUGCUGGUCGUCACUGUUUUCACAGAGAGGAACUACUUCAAUAUCUACCUGUGCAUUGGCUGGGGUGCGCCGCUGAUCUUCAUACUGCCCUGGGCUUUGGCGAAGUACCUGUAUGAGAAUGAGGAGUGCUGGCAGAGGAACGACAGCAUGGCCUACUGGUGGAUCAUACGCUCCCCAAUACUGCUCGCUAUCCUGAUCAACUUCUUCAUCUUCGUCCAGAUUAUCAAGAUCCUGAUGUCCAAAUUAAGAGCGCACCAGAUGCGAUAUACGGACUACAAGUUCCGUCUGGCCAAGUCCACUCUCACCCUUAUCCCUUUGUUAGGGAUCCACUGGAUCCUGUCCGCCUUUGUCAUGGAGGAGCAGGUUACAAAUGGCCCAUUGCGUCUCGCCAAACUGUUCUACGACCUGUUUUUCGACUCCUUCCAGGGUCUACUAGUGGCUAUCUUGUACUGCUUUGUCAACAAAGAGGUACAAUCCGAGAUGAUGAAGAAGUGGAAGCGAUGGAAGUUGGGGAAGAACAUCGAGGAAGAGUACCGCCAUACUCACAGUCAGCUGCCCCAUAUGAAGGGCAGCAUUGUGGGCCACCCACCAUGCCCCCCCAAGCCGCCUGACCCGAGUAACCCCCCCAGCGACCAGGAGGAGGAUCGACAGUUGGUGGGCAGCCAUCCGAACGGCAUGGGCAAGACCCCGACGUGCCUGCCAUUCCCUCUCUCGUCACAAGAUGGCAGCAGUCAUAGUACACUGAUAGAGAGCAUCAACCUGGAAGACAGGGUACAGUGUUAUGUGCCCCACCACAACAGCGUGGAGAGCAAUUUUUGAGCUGGGGAGCCUGUCCCUCCACCCGUUUUUGUUCCAGUACCCUUCAAGACGGCUUAUGGACAGAGAUGUAUCUCUGGUGAGCAGAGUUGGAACAUGGAGAUGCUGGGCCCAGCCCAGCAGGGGUUGCUGGACAUUGCAUGGCCCGAAAGACACACAGAACUAUUGCUGAGUCUCAACCGGAUGCCGGGAAUUCGGAGAUUGCCUAGUGGGUUUAUUUAUGUGCUUUUAUGAAAUAGCGUCUUGUUCUAAGAUCUUAAAAGUGUGCCUAAAAUGCGCACCUAGAACAUUCGCCUAAAAGCAAGAAACUGAAAAUGUUAAAUUAGUGUAACGCGAGUUACAGAAACCUAGAAACCUCAAGGUAAUGAACAGGGUCUUGGGUUUAGCCUUUUCAAUAGUUAUUUGUCUAUUUGUUGGCCACAAAGGUACUUGGCUCUUAAGACUCUCUGUCUCUCUCACAUUCACACCGACACACACGUAUCAUGUACAUGCACAAAUGUUAAAGUCUGAAUAAGAUGUACAGUCUCAAAAUUCCUCCAUAAACGAUGAUUCCUGAUCUUAUAUGUUCUGUAUGUGUGAUAUUAAGGGGAAUCACAGCAGCCGUGGAAAGGGUCCAUCCCUGACCCUGCAGUUCUGAAACAGUGACACAAUUUCUGGGGAUGUUUGUGGAAUGUUGUGCUUGUGUAUAUUAUAGAUGCGUUCUGGAGUGGAACUCUGUCCAAGGAUUCUAUGACAGGAUUCUAGAAAUUUCAGCUUAUACAGUUGGAUGGCAGGGACAGAGACAGGUGAAAAAGACAUUACAUACAAUUGAAGUCUUCAAUGUCAUACCUUUCAGAGGUAUGGACAUUGGUUGUCAUUUGUACAGAGAAGUGCAAAUGUGAUAUGGCAUUUUUUUGCUGUUGUUGUAAUUAUAGUGGUGGUAGUGGUGUUAUUAUGUAUAGUAGUUGUUGUAUUAUGUAAGUAUAGAUGUUGUGUGGGAGGCCCCAAACAAUGUGAAAAGCAGUGAGAGUAGAAAAUCUGGUUAAAACAGGAGAGUGGUAUCCUUAUGUUCUGCAGGGACAUUAUCCCUCUGGGUACAUGUAUACCUACAUAAGCUCUCACACACUUAAAUUCACACAUUGAUACAUACAUGCAGAAUCCCUGUGAAUGUCUGCCUUAAAGUUUAUUCAGUGUCCUACAAGCAAGCCUUAUGAACAUAGGAAAUCCUUCUUGCAUAUCUUACAUUCUUACAUUCUUAAUAUAAUAUCAAGGUCCAUUGUGUUGCAUCCAUCCGAGGACAGGAAUAAACCUCUCAAGGUGGAAAUGGGAAGGAAGUUCUGUAGUGUGGAGGUCAUGUGAUAAGCUGUGAGGGUGGGAUUGGCUGUAAGUUCCCACUUUCAAUACAGCAGGAACAUCUACUGCACAACUGUGCAUUCCAGUCAACAAAGACAGAAAGAUAUAUGACUUUUUAACGCUGUGUUAGUCUUUGUUAGUCUUGUAGGAGAAGGAGCAGAAGAAGUGUUUAGAUAUGAACUUGCAUAAUUGAGCACAGGAUGUUACGAGUCAAAAAGUCACUGUCCUAGAGUCAUGUGGUUAUCAUGUGAUAUGAAACACACACACAUACACACACACAGAGUACACAUAUUCAUAUCUUUAUGAGGACUCUCCACUUCUAUCUGAAAAAUGAAUUAAUUUAUAUUGAGGAUGCAACUAAUAGACAGGGACAAGCACACACACUCUGCACAGAAUGCUUAUAUACAGUAUAAAGCUUAAGUCUUCACACAUCACUUAACUGGAGCCAGUGAUCUAUGACCAACUAUACGGCAGCUGACCUCUGGUAAUAAUACUUACAGACUCUGCCUCGCUUUCAGUACCUCUUAGUACAUGUUCAACCAAGAAUAGUCAAGGACAGAUAUCUCUGUCUCUGCCUCAGACCUGCUGAACACCUGCUCUCAGGCCCUGGACAGGUAAAUGCAAGUACUCUGGGAUGAAUCCCAGCACUCAUUCCCUAAGAUCAGCAUCACUUUCUCUAGUUCUGGGAAACCCUCACCUCUAUGCUGUUCUUAAUGAAGCCUCUUAAUUAAGGUAGGACCGAGUUACCACAGAAUAGUAAUUGACAUGCCUUAUCUAUGAAUGCCUACAACCAAUACCCAGAAAUAUAUCAACGAUCUCUAACUUCAUUUGACUCAUCUGUGCCCUAUAAAUAAAACAGAACAAGCUAGAAUUCUGUGAAACUUUGAUACGAGUGAGUUGAUACAAAAACAAAGCACAAGUGAAGCAAGGAGGAUUGUUAAUGUUGCCAUACAUUUUUAUACUCGAGAGUUUUAGAGUUUAAAGUUUGUGUUUUUUGUGGCAGCUUUGUCAUAUGUCAUUGGCUUGAGGUGCUUGGGGGGGGGGGAUCAUGUCAGCCAAUGAUGGGCAGGUAUGGAAUCUCCUUAUGGGACAUGAAGGGGGGCACUGUAAGGGGAGGUGUGAGAAUGGUGAGGAUUGAGUGAUAUUAAUGGCCGGGCAUUUAGAUGGAGUAUAAAUAAUCCUUCCCUCAGUCGUCCAUCAUUAGCCUCAUUAGAUAGACAUCAAAAGCACGAAAACUACUCAGAAGUCCAGCUAGAGCGCGAAGGAGUCUAAUUCCUUGAGAUCUUUGCUGGAACACAGACUGUACACAAAGCAAGUGCCCAGCGCCUUAUUUCUGAAGCCCUGCUUUAGAUCUUCAUCAAGGGCCAUCAAGACGCAAGAACUGGUCAGAGGAGAAAGUAUGCUUCACUUUCAUGCAAAUGCGUUUGUGUAGUAUGGAUGGAUAGUUCACCCAUUAGCGGGCAUAAUGAUCGCUUUUAUAUCAAGUCAUGGCGGCCGUUCGCCAUGGCAACAGAAGGCCAUUGAAUCUUCAGAGCUAGAAUAGUCCUGUGUGUGGUUUCACUGUUAGUCAAAGAUUUUAGUUUCAAACACUGUUCAAGGACGGGGGACAUAAAAUCAGCGAAGCUUCUGCAGGAGUUUCCUUUUCCGCUGGCAUGAAUUUACACCCGACUUUAGUAGCAGUUUCAAAGCGAUUAAGAGUUCAGAUGAAAACCAGUAAACCUUGCCGGCUUCAGUGGACCAGCAGUUCUUGCAUCUGCUUUAGAGGGACCUAAUCAGUGCGAUCUAGCAUCCAGUGACAGUCUGUUCUACACACACCGGUGAGUCAUACUGUUGUUCUGUUGGCUGCCAGCCCCCCAGCACUGCUGAAAGCUACAAGCAGCCGCACCCUCCCCUCUGGACGAGCUUAAGACUGUCUGAAGGUACAAACAUGUCCAUCGAGCAUCUAUAUAGUUGUGGUCUUUCUUCUCCUGGGGCUUUACCUCCUGUAUGUAAAUAAACAUGUUCGUUUGUGUUGUUUUUCUAUGGGUAUUAUUUGAUGAUAAAAGAUUGUAUUGAAGAUGAUAAAAAAAAAUAAUAAAGCCGCAGGUUGAACAAAUGGA